GGCGUGGCUAGGAGGAAGGGGCGUGGCUAGGAGGAAGGGGCGUGGCUCUCCUGUUGCCAGGUGACGGGGACGCACACACGUGGAGCGGCCGUUGCAGCUUGGCUGCCCCGUAACGGCUGGGGAGGAGAGAGCUGCGGCACGGCGGGUAGGGCGAUGGCUUCCCAAGAAGAAAAACAGUCUCAGCCCUUCAUAGAUAUCUUCAAUGAGGAUGAAGCUGAAAAAUUAUUUCUGUUGUCCAAGCCCACAUGCAUCAUGGUCCUUGGAAAGCCUGGUUCUGGAAAGAAAACAUUAGCUAGUAAACUAGCACAAAUGUGGAAAUGCAUUUUAAUAGAAGCUUUGGAAGUAAUUCAAAUGAAUAUUCACGAAGAAACAGAAUAUGGGCUUAAGUGUCAAGAAUUGCUUUUCAAAGGUCAAAGUAUUUCUGAAGAACUUGUUACAGAAAUGAUUAUGAAAAAGAUUGAGUCACCAGAAGUUGCGCAUUUCGGGUAUGUUCUCAGUGGAUUCCCUUCUCUCUCAGAGGAAUAUAUGACAGUUUCACAGCAAAUGGAGAAAAUAACAAAUCUGAAAUUAAAACCAGAUUUCCUGAUUAACAUUAAGUGUUCAGACUAUGACUUAUGCCAGAGAAUAUCAGGUCAAAGGCAACACCCUCAUUCAGGGCAAGUGUAUCAGAGGAACCAGUGGGAUCCUAAUGUUAUUGAAAAACAAAAGAAAAAUAAUGAUGAGCUUGAAGAGGAGAAUGAAGAAGCUGAAGAGAUGGAAGAAGAGAUUGCAGAAGAUUCACUUACAAUGUCAGAAAUGAUUCAUCAGUUAGUGCAAAGACCCGAAGACAUGCAUGAAAAUAUAGAGGAAAGAGUUGGCUUGUAUAAGGAUAUAAUGCUUCGUUCUUUAGAAGACUUGAUGGCUGAACAGGAUUCACAGUAUCUUAUUGAACUGGAUGGAAAUCAGGAACCAGAUGAUCUUCUCGCUUCAGUGGUGAUUCGACUUCAGUCAAUGGGUGUUCAAAAUGGAGCUCCUAUAACUAGACUUCAGAGUCUGCAGGAAGAAAUGCUGGAGGGACUGGAAAAUGAUGAACUUCUCCGUGUUCUGUCGUCAUUCAAGCUAAUAGCACCCAGAUACCGAUGGCGUAGAAGCAGGUGGGGACAAGUAUGUCCUGUGGCUCUAAAGAAGGGUGAUAUUGUAAUGGGAAUCCCAGACUUGGCUGUCAGUUUUCUAGGUAAAAUGUACGUGCUGUCAUCUCCAGAGGCACUGAAAACAUUUAUGUUGAAUCCACGCCCUUACUUGUUACCACCAAUGCCAAUGCCUCCUUGUAAAGUGCUAGUAUUUGGCCCUCCAGUGUCAGGGAGAACAACUAUUUGUAACCUAAUUGCAAACAAAUAUAAAGGAAAGGUUCUUGAUAUGGCUGAACUCAUUCAAUCCUAUGUGGAAGAAUCAAGAGAAAAAAACAUUGAGCAAAUACGAAGGGAUGCAAUAGAAAAGGCUAUAACAGCAGUGAAAAAUAGGUUGGAAGUUGAAAAGCAAUCAAAAGAACCAGGAGGCUUGGAAGAACUUAGUGUCAAAGAAGCAGAUAACUCUGAAGAAACUGAUAACAUGAGAAUAGAAAUAAAUGUUGAAGAGGGGAGUAGUACAGAAAAAUCUGCUGCCAUACCAGAAGAAAUGUCAGAGUUAACUGUUGACCAUCCAGAAGUUCAAGCAGUGGUGGAAGAAGCUGUGAAGAGGGCAUCAGAAACUGAAGUUACACUGUCACCUGAAAUAUAUGCAGAAAUACUGGAAAGAGCUAUUGCAGAGCUUAUGAAGAAGAACAAAGACAGGUUUCCUGGUGCUCCAGAAAAAGGAGGAUGGGUAGUGGACAACUAUCCUUUGUCAGAAGAUCACUGGUCAGCUUUGUCAGAAAAAGGACUUUUGCCUGACACUGUUGUCUGUCUUAUGGAUACCGAAAAUGAUGGAGCCUGUAUAUUACACAGAACAUACUUAGCAAAUAAGGAUGAAAUUAAUUCUAAGAUCUUGAGAAGACUAGGGGAUGAAGCAUUAAAAAAGAAUGAAGAAGAAAGAAGAGAAAUGCAGGAGGCACCAACACCAGAGGAAGAAGAGCAAUCUCAAGAGGAUGCUGAGGAGAAAGAAUUUGAGGAUGAUGAUAAGCAGCUUUCAUCUGAAACUGAACAAACAUCUCGGAAACAGUCCAGUGAUUCUGCACAUUAUGAAGAAGAAUUGAAUCCUACAGAGGCGCUCAAGGCCAGGUUGGAUGGGGCCCUGGGCAGCCUGAGCCUGGGGGGUGGCAGCCCUGUCCAUGAGCAUACUCCACUUGAAGAAGAACAGAUACAUACUAUGCAACCUGAGCAGUCCACCACAACUUCAGUAACUGAACCUGAACCAGAAAUCAUGCUACCUGAGUUUGAAGAGGAUGAUUUGCUAGGUAUACCAGAAAUGGAAACAAUUAAAGAGAACAUUGACCUUUUCAUGAAUGACUGGCAAACAGUGGAGUCAGAAAUCAAGCAGUCAUCUCUAGUUCAGGUUGUUGCUUUAGAGAUUGCUGAGCAAACUCCAGAAAGUCUGCUUAAUCAAAUUAUCCUGGUUAUGGAAGAACCUUUUAAAUAUCAUGGUUGGGAAUUAUCUGCUGAAGACUUAGAUGAGGAAGCAGAAGACCUAGCUGCUGAAGUGGAAGCUAUAGAAGAAAAUGAAGCCGAGGAAGAGGAAAAUGAAGAAGAUGAAGAAAAAGCUAAGGAAAAGAAAAGACACAUGGGAGACACAAAACACUUCUGUCCGGUCAGUCUGAAAGAGGAUUAUGUCCUUUAUCCAGGACUGUCUGAACAUGCAGCUAAAUAUCAAGAAAAGAUUUAUUAUUUUUCAAAUCUUGAGUACAGAGAUAAAUUUCUGAAGAACCCUGAGGAGUAUGUGGCUCACCAUGAACCAAUACAAGCUCCUCCCUUAAGGGUGUGUUUGCUGGGGACACAUGGAGCAGGUAAAACUUCUUGUGCACGAUGGCUAGCUGAUAAAUUUGGCAUUUUCCAUAUUCAGUUUAAAGAAUAUCUACAAGAACUGCUCUUACCCAAAACUAAAGAGAAAAUUGGCCUUGAUUUUUAUGAAGAACCUGAAGAAGAUAAUGAUAACACUCUAUCAGAGGAACUGCAAGACUUAUCUCAGACCGUGACUAAAACUGAAGAUGAAAAAAGCAAACAGGAAGUGGAGUUAACUGAUGAGGAAGAAGCUAUCAAAGCAAAUCUAAUGGAUUCUCAGCCAUUACCUCCAGAGAUACUUGAUAACAUUGUUCCUGACUGGUGGAGGAAAGAGCCAUUCCGGUCCACAGGAUUUAUACUGGAUGGUUUCCCUCGUACUUCAGACGAAGCCCAGUAUUUGUCACAACGAGGACUCUGUCCUGAUGUUGCAGUUUAUAUUCAUGUAGAAGAAACUGACAUUCUUGACCGUCUUUUACCUCCACGUCUAAAAAAAUGGAAAGAAAGACAGCGUAAAAAAGUGGAAAAUAAAAAGAAACUGAAAGACCUGAAAGCAAAAAUAAAGAAUGAGAAGAUUGCUAGAAGAAGGGCAGAACUUCUAGCAGAACAAAAAAAAAGGAAGGAGGAGGUUUUAGGAGAUAGGGAAAAUUAUGAAAACAGUGAGGAGGAAGAGGAGAAUGAUGAGACUGCAAAUGAAGAAAUUGAAGCUAUACUUGAAGAAGAGUUUUUCGAAGAAGAAGAAGAAGAGCCUGAAGAAGAACAGGAGAUUGAUGCUGUUGAGCGCAUGCAAAAUGAGAUAGUAGCGAAGUUUGAUUCAGAAAGAGAAAACAUAGAAGGUGUACAGGAAGAACUUGAAAAAUUCUUAAUACCACGAAUGGAGAUCAGUGGAAGACGGAAGCUUCGCAUAGUACGCUACCAAAUGUAUUGCAAGCUGAAUUCUUUAGUGGAAAAUCGUGGAAGCAUUUUUGAAAAAUGUUACCCAAUAAGUUUGCCACUCGCACAUAAGAUGCUAGUUUUCUCAUAUAAAUUUCCAAGUUCUUUCGGUCAGUGGGAUCCAAUCAAGCUAAAUGAAGGAGAGAUAAUCAAGCCAGCACAAAACUAUGAAAACACAGUCUUUCCUGUAAUUCAUCGACAAUAUAUUUAUUUCUUUUCAAGUAAAAAAAACAGCGAAACAUUUAUGAAAAAUCCCAUCAAAUAUAUUUGUCAGCCAAAACCUAAACCACCUGUGCCAGUUAAGAUUGCAAUCGUGGGACCUCCAAAAUCUGGGAAGACUACAGUUGCCAAGAAAUUUGAAAGUGUGUAUGGGCUACGGAGGUUGAGUAUGGGAGAUGCCAUACGGCUCGUGUUAAACAAUCAGCCAGAGAGUGAGUUGGGGCUUCAGUUAAAGGAGCAUCUUCACAGAGGACUGACUGUACCUGAUGAACUGGCCAUCCAGGCCCUGGAUGUGGCUCUGAUGGAUCAUGUGUGUGCUACCGCUGGAGUUGUUAUUGAUGGGUAUCCUGUAACAAGAAAACAAGUAAACCUCUUGGAAUCAGCUAGGAUAAUUCCUGUGAAAAUCUUUGAAUUAGAAAUGGAUGCAAAGGAAGUGUUCAGAAGAGCUCUGCUGGAUAAAGAAGGCACGGAUAGACCUUCCUACCCCGUACAUGACAGCUCACAGAUUCUAGCAAUUAAAAAUUCCUACUAUAAACAACAUAUUGACGCAAUUAGGACUUAUUACAAGAAAGAGCGUCAGAACUGGUGUGUGGUUGAUGCCUUUCAGAGCAAGUGGUGGGUAUGGGACAAAGUUCUGCAGGAAGUUCAAGUGAUUGUUAAAGAAAUUCAGAUAUACCUGGAAAGAAUAAGAGAAGGAAAAGCAGCCAGCAUUGCUGAUUUAUGCAUCACCCCUGAAGAGCUGCAGAAUCGGCUGGGAGAGUUUGGACAGUACUGUCCUGUCAGCCUUGCAGACAAGGGUGAACUGGUUGACUGCUCUGUAACUUCAUCACUGCAGUUUGCUGCAGAGUUUCGAGCACACUAUUACAAAAUGGCUUCACAGGAAGAACUGGAUAAAUUCUUGAACAGACCAGAGAUGUAUGUGCCACCGCUGGCACCUCGCCCUCUUCCACCUCCAGAUAAGCUACCACAAAGAUUGACAGCAGCAGAAGUGAAGGCGUUAUUCCCUAAAAGUGCCGAAAUGCAGGGAUACUGUCCAGUCACUUACCUAGAUGGAAAACAGAGGUAUGAAGCUUUGGAGCCUGGCAACACUGAGUAUGCUGUAAAAUACCAAGAGAAGCUGUAUGUUUUUGAAAGUGAAGAAAAACUUCUGAAGUUUAUGAGGUUACCAGAGAAGUACUGGAAUCUGAAGCUUCCACAUAAGCUCCCUCCAGUAAGGGAGCCAAUACUACUCACUGCACUUCCCAUGGCUGGAUACCUUGAACAGUAUGAGCCUUCUGAUUCUUAAUGGGAUGAUAUUAAACUGAAAAUUGUGUACUUAAAAUUGAGAGGAAAUUUUUAAAAGAUUUAAAAUAAUAGAUACUUGUAAUUUUAAUGGAAAAAAACCAACUGUAUGGGAACUGCUGAGUCAUGGCCUGAACCACUGAUUGCGCACCUGGAGGAAAGACCCAGUCAUCCCUGGGAGCACAGGUGAAGGCAAUUCACUGUGUGACCGGAAGGGGGCGGAGCCUGGCUGCACCCCUCUUAGGCCUCAUUUAAGGGCUGACUGCCCCUGGGGAAGGCUCUUUUUCUGGAGAUCUCUCCUUGGUGGAUGCUUUUCCUUGUGAACCCAAAAUCUUCUGAUACAGGUGGGCGAUCUACUUCCCUUCCCUUGUUGCACCUUGCUAUUGUGCUGGUUCUUCCACCUCUUUUGUAACACCUUUUCCAUCGUGUUGGUCCUUCUGAUUGCUACAAAACCCAAAAACAAGUACAUUCACCAGAGGGGAGUAAGAAACUGCAAGAUUAAAUGAUGAAUUUUAAAAUUCUUAUCAUAUCUUGUAACAUCACAUUUUGCUUUUAAUUUUAAAACCAUGAUAGUCCCAGGCCUGUAUCUGGAGUCGUUCAAAGAUAGCUGGUUGCAUUUUGAAAUAUGGAUAUGAAAUAAAAAGGUGAUUCAUAGUCACUUCCCUCCCAGUUUUAUAUUUGGUUGUUAGGGGCUUUUGGUUGGUUUGUUUGCUUAAUCAUUCAUCUGCUUAGAUAUCAUCUUAAAUAUUUAGAUUUGCAUGACAGCAGAAUCUGGAUUUUGGUAUGUUUUUCUUUUAGAUCUGUAUAAUGGUCUU